AUGAUCUUUGCCGGCACCAUUUUCAAUCGAUACCCUCAGUCACCCUCAUUUUCCCUUCUUACUUCCAUCCUCCAAAUUUAUUUAAAUUUCUUUAUUACAGCCACAUCGCAUUUUUUUUUCUUUUUCUUUCUUUCUGUUCAGAUUUAUCUAUUUCUUUUUCUUACCCUUUUUCUUAGUCUUUCCUUUGUUUUCUUUUUUUUUUUCUUUCUUCUUAACCGAAUCCAUUUAUUUUGGUUCUUUCAGUUUUUUUCUCAUGAACUUUCUUUCUUUCUUAUUCUUUUCUUUCUUUCUUUCUUUCUUUCUAUUAAAGUUCUUUUUUUCUUUCUUUCUUUCUUUCUUCCUUUAUUUUCUAAAUUCAAUCUUUUUUCUUUCUUUCUUUCUUUCUUUCUAUUGUUUUCCUUUUCUUUUCUUUCCUUCUUUCUAUUCAGUUCCUUUUCUUUUUUUGUAAAUAUCAUUUCUUUUCUUUUCUUUUCUUCUUUCUUUCUUGAAAGGAAGAAGACUUUCUUUCUUAAAAAGUCCUUUUUUUUGUUUUUUUCUUUUUGUCUUUUCUUUCAAUUUUCUUUCUUUUGUUUAUUUCAAAAUUUACAGCUAAACUUUAAUUUUUAG